UGUCAAAGUAUUAAUUAAUUUGUUAUUGUUAUUAACGUUAAUGCAGUGUGCUGAAAAUCUUUCUUAAAAAUCUUGUUUUUUUUCUGUAAUAAACGUACUCUUUGCUGUUUGAUAUUAAAAGUAAUGGAUACAGAAAGUGCUGCAAAAAUUAUAGUUAAAUGGAGCGGAAAAGAGUAUGCAAUUGAUGUAACAGAUAAUGAUUCGAUAAGCGACUUGAAAAAUGCUAUUGAGAAAGAAACAGGAGUUCGUUCUCACAGGCAAAAGUUGCUUAACCUCAAAUUAAAAGGAAAGACUCCGGAUGAUGAUUGUAAAAUAAGUCUUUUGAAAUUAAAGCCCAAUUUCAAGUUAAUGAUGAUGGGCUCCUUAGAGGAAGACAUUGCAGAAGUAAAUACAACACCAACAGAUUUGCCUCCAGUAAUUAAUGAUUUAGAUAUAGAAGAUGAAGAAGUAGCUAUAGAGAAUCGAGAAGUGUACUUGGCAAAAGUAGAGAAAAGGGUAAAAGACUAUAAAAUAAAAAUGCUCAGUGAACCAAGACCAAAUAAGAAGUUACUAGUUUUGGAUAUAGAUUAUACACUUUUUGAUCAUAGAUCUGUUGCUGAAACAGGAGCUGAACUAAUGAGACCUUAUUUACAUGAAUUUUUAACAUCAGCUUAUGAAGAUUAUGAUAUUGUGAUAUGGUCUGCUACUGGCAUGAAAUGGAUAGAAGAAAAAAUGAAACUUUUGGGUGUGACAACAAAUCCCAACUAUAAAAUUUUAUUUUACUUAGAUUCUCUAGCAAUGAUAUCAGUCCAUACUCCAAAAUAUGGCUUAUUGGAUGUGAAACCAUUGGGAGUGAUUUGGGGCAAGUUUGAACAGUACAGUAGCAAAAAUACGAUAAUGUUUGAUGAUAUAAGAAGAAAUUUUAUAAUGAAUCCAAGAAAUGGAUUAAGAAUUCGACCAUUUCGGCAAGCUCAUUUAAAUAGAGAUACUGAUAAGGAACUUUUGCAUUUAACAAAGUAUCUUAAGAACCUCGCAAAAUACUGUGAUGAUUUUGGAAGUGUUAAUCACAGAAAUUGGGAGAAAUAUAAGCCUCAUAGGAGAAAUUAAAACAACAACUAGUACUUAAUACUAUCUUAAUUAUAUCCUUAUUUUUUU